AUGGAGGUAAUGAAAGGGGUACCUUGGCCAGUGAAUGGAGGUAGACUUCGCAACCCAGAUGAGCAAGAGCCCCAGGCCUUGUUGUUGACCGGUCAUGAAGAUGGAAGUGUGAGAUUCUGGGCAGCUGGUGGAGUUGCCCUGCGCCCCAUUUACACUCUCACAACAUCACCUUUCUUCACUGGUGAUCAUGGGGAACACCCUCCCAAUGAAGAUCAAGAUGAAUGGCUCUCCUUUCGCAAGGUAAAGCUGUUGGAUGGGACUAGCUUAGCCCUUAUCAAGAUUCUCACUGAUCUGGAAAACCUGAAAAAGGCAAGAAAAUAUAAGCAGAAUGUUGGGAAGAAUUCAGAAAAGUACUUCAAUGACUUUCAAGUAGGAAGCUUUGAUCCCUUCUCUGAUGACCCCAGACUGGCUGUGAAGAAGAUCUGGAUGUGUCCCUUUCGUGGCAUAUUGGUUGUGGCUGGCACUGCUGGUCAGGUUAUUGUCCUCAAUCUCAAUGAUGAAGAAACUGAGAAGGAGUUGGAGGCAAUUCCCAUGAACUUGGUGUCUGAUUGUGAUGGAUUUGCUUGGAAAGGCCACAGUGAGCUGGGUCUUGUACCCGGAAAGCAGAACUUGGUUCCUGGAUUCCAGCCAUCAAUGAUUCUCCAGAUCAGCCCUCCUGCAGCUGUCACUUCCCUGGCUGCCAAUGCCAAGUGGGGCCUUGUUGCUGUUGGCACUGCUCAUGGAUUUGGACUCUUCGAUUUUGUCCAGAAGAAGGUUGUCAUGCUCCGUUGCACCCUUAAUCCUAAUGAUAUAGCUGGAGCUGGGGAGCAUCCCAUGUCCCGAAGGAAAUCAUUCAAGAAGUCCCUGCGGGAAUCCUUCCGUCGCUUGAGGAAAGGACGUUCCCAACGGCCUCCUGUCUCUCCAAAUAAGGCUCAUGCCUCUCCACAGAAGCAGGGAAGUGAGGAAGGGAAGGGUGAUGAAGAUGGGAAAGAGAGUGGAAAGGACACGAAGAAGGCUGAAGAGAAAAAGGAAGAGGAAGGAGAGAAAGAGAAAGACAAGGGAGAAGAAAAGAAAGAGGAUGGAGCUGGGAAGUCAAAGGAAGAAGAAAAGAAAGAGGAUGGAGCUGGGAAGUCAAAGGAAGAAGAAAAGAAAGAGGAAGGAAUUGAGAAGAAAAAUGGAGAGGAGACUAAAGUGGCCAAGUCCUCGGAUCCCCCAAAACCUGAGGAGAGUUCCCCAGCUGGUGAGGGAAAGGAAAAAUCUCCAUCCCAGCAGGAGAAGGAACGCAGUGCCUCACCAAUUGAAGAUGCAAAGCCAGUUGAACGCCAGGUAGAAGCCCGCUCUGCAGAUGAUACUCUUGGGGGCAUGGUUCGUUCCCUGUACCUGGCUGAAUCCUACAUUGUCAAUGUGCAUAAUACAAGUGCCACCCUGUGGGCUGGCACCAACAGUGGAGCCAUUUUUGUUUUUACCUUGUCUAUAUCCAAAGAAGAUGACAAGAGGAAAGAAGAGCCAGUGACUUGCCAGUUGGCUAAAGAAAUCCAGUUGAGGCACCGUGCUCCGGUGAUCUCAAUCAUGAUUCUGGAUGGAGCAGCAAUGCCACUUCCAGAAUUCUGUGGUCGACCAGAACCAACCCCUGGCACACAUCGCGUCCUCAUCUGCUCUGAGGAGCAGUUCAAAGUCUUCACCCUACCCAGCCUGAAACCGUAUGGGAAGUACAAAGUAACAGCUCAUGAGGGAUCUCGGCUGAGGAAGGCAGGCUUUGCAACAUUCAUGUCCACUGCCAACUCUGAACAUAAGGAGACCUGCCUUGCCUGCCUGACAAAUCAGGGUGAACUUUCCGUGUUCUCAGUCCCUGACCUCAAGCGACAGUUCCAUGCCACCUGCAUUCGCAAGGAAGACAUCAAUGGGAUCUUGAGCUUGGUGUUCACUGAUAGAGGAGAGGCAAUGUAUCUCCACUCUCCAAGUGAAUUGCAACGUGUCUCCCUAGCUGCUGCAUAUGUCACAAGGUCCAAGUGCACCCUCGAUCUUCCUGAGGGUUCACGGCCUCCAAAGCCUGAAACCAAAGAAGAAAAGAAGGAUGAGAAUGCUGCUGAUGAGAAUAAACAAGAAGAGGAGGAGGAGGAAGAGGUGAAAGAAAAUCACAGCAAUGAAGUAACGACACCUACAUCCCCUGAUGCCAAGGGGAAUCAUAACAUUUCAACCAUAUCUGCUGACAUCACCAUUGACUCCAUCAAGGAUCACAUUGGGAACAUGGAUGCAGAGAUCUCAGUGACCAAGAAAGAAGUUAGGACUGAGGUGAAGUCUGACAAGAUUGAGGAGAGUGUCACUCUAAUUAAGACCACAACUCUCACAACAGCAGCUGCUGAAGAUGGCACUGCAGUAGCUGUAGUGACAGCGUCCAACUCCAUAGAGCAGACUAAUGGUCAACCCCACCUUGCACCCCUGGCCAGCAUGGAAGACACGGAGCACUUGGACAUGUAGUGCACUUCAUCUCUUGCUUCUAGGAUUCUCUUCUUUUCUCCUGGGACACAUUGGACCAAAAUCCUCUGAAGUGCCCUUGUGACUCCAUCCCAGGCCAGGAAGAAGGGACAUUUUCCAAUUUGUGAUGGAUUCUUAUUCACUACGUGUCCAUUUGUCCAUUGACCUCUCCCUGCUGUCUGUUUUUCUGUCUUAUCUGCCUGCUCGUCUGCUCCACUGUCUUGGGAAAUCAAAAGUGGAAACAAGUACAAGCCUGUGCUCGGCCUUCUGCCAAAUCUUCCUGCUUUCCAUGUAGGUUGGAUGGCUUCAAUUUUCACUUCAGCACUGCAAGUUUUUUUUGUCCCAGUCAUAAAAAAAGACUGUUGUGGUCCUGAGUUUUUAUUAUGAGUUUCCACAUUUCUCAGAGCAUGUGGAGAAUCAUCUCCCCUAAAACUGAUCUCAAGUCAUUUUAUUUUUCUCUCAAGUACUGCAUCCUUAAAGAACUAUUUUGUUUGCAUCCUUUUUCCCUUUUUAUCCUUUCUUCAAGCCUGAAUCCAUGACAAAAUAGGUGAGUUAUUUUAGCCCAUAGACAUGUCUGUGUUCUUUUCUAUUAGUGCACACUUAUGAUUCAGAUGUGUAUGAUAGUGUUUAUGAAUAUUUGACCACUCACAGAUAUUUGAUGUAUGGAAACGUUUGUAAAGAAAAGACGGUGAAUCUGACAAGGUGGAGAAGCAAAUUAGGUAAUGGAGCUUGUUUCUGUCUUAUUUUUCCUUCCUGUUUUCUCAGUCAGGCAAGCACACAUUUCAAUUAGCGCCCACAUCAAAGGAAGAUGCAAAAUAUGAGAAUGUGUUGGAUUCACUCCCGUUUUGUUGCAUCCUCACUGGUUUUGUAUAUUAGUUGGUAAUAAAACUAGUGUGGCUUCUCAA